AUGAGACAGGACGAACGGCAGACUUUGAAGCAGAAUCUGGUAACACUUGAAGUGCUGCUUGGAGUGGAAGAGCAGAGAUAUCAGCUGUUCAUCAGCCGGGUGAGUUGGUUCCCAACACCGUUGCCCCCACUUUUGCUAGCCCAAGGGUUUCCCCAGAGGUGGGCCCCAGUACAGGUUUGGUUGGCAGCAGGAGGGUUGCAGAUGGUAGGCAUAUGGCCAGACAAACGGCAGCUGGGUCCCCUCUUUCCAAUGACAGACGACACUCCGUAAUUUUCCCUGACAGGUUACGGGACCAUAGUGUGUCACCUCCCAGGAUAACGCUAGGGCGAGUCGGGAGGCAAGCUUCAGGGAGUAUGCAUAUAGGGUUGAUGCCGAGGGACAGCUCAGGGGGGCUUUCCUCAUGGGUGGGCAUACCUCGCUGCACUCAGGAGGAUGAUGGCAGGUUCCAUAGGGAUGCUGAUAGAUAUUGGUCUAGGAGCAGUCAUUGUAAGGAGAUGGAUAGCGACAGCAGGGGGUCCCCUUCCGGAUAUGCUGGGGGGGGGGAUUUCAGAUUCCCCUGUUAGGAUAGAGUACCAGAGGCGUUGUGGGUCUAGAUCUAUUAGCAGAAGUUCUCCAGCGAGGAGCGUUGCAGGGGCUUCUUCGCACGCUCACAGCCCUAGGGGUCAGGAUGCCAGUGAGGGAUUAAGUCACGGUUCCCACUCGGGAGUAAGGAAGGUCAGGGAUACUACGGCCAGCCUACCCAGGAUGUCUUCUCCUUACAGGUCACCAAGAUGGUCGCCCACCGAUCGGGUGAGAUCAGGUACUGUAAGGUCGCCAAGACGGUCGCCUACGGAUUGGGUGAGACUGAAUUCGCCAAGACGAUCACCCACGGAUCAGGUGAGACCAUUCGCUGGAAAGUCGUCUAGACGGUUCCCCUUAGAUAGGGUGAGACCUGUGGAUGGGGAAGUACAGCUCAAGCACCAGAGUGCUUGGGUCAGGACAGCAGAUCUUGGUUGACACCACCACAGCCUUUAGCGGAGGGUGA